CUUCCGGUGAUCCUCUAUAGAUUGAUUAUUACAAGCUCUCACAAUCCUUUUCCUUGAGCAAUAGCGUGCAUCAUGACUGAUAUGGGAAGUCAACACCGAGUUUCAAAGAUUCAUCAGAUCGGACGGUCAAGGAUUAAGAAAUGUGCAAGGGACCCACCACAUCUAAUAACUACAUGAAAACUAAUCCAAAUUUCUAGGGUUUCACUUGAAAAGAUAGUUCCCAAAACCCAACAAGCACAAGCACUUGUACUAGUGAAUAGUGAUGACAUAUCCACUACUACCAAACUAACACCAACAUCAUUUUUCAUUUCUUUUCUUCACUUCUUCUAGAUUCUUCCAUCCACACGCGCACUCCUUCAUCUUCUCACCGGUAAGUGCAACCUUAAACACAUCUAUCUCCUCCUCGUACCUCGGAUUCAUCGAUACUUAAUUUUAGUACGCAAACAUUUUUCAUUUUUAUUUUUAUUUAGAUUUAGACAUAGAUUUACAUAUAACUUAAUUGUGUGUGAAAAAAAAGAAGUGAGAGUAUGGGGAAAUCAGGGGGUAGAAGAAAGAAGGGUGGUGCUGUUGUUGUUGACAACAAUUCAGCUUCUGCACAAAUUCCAAACGGUGGUGUUGAAUUGGAUUCUUCAAUUUUUUUGAAAAAGGCACAUGAAAUGAAAGAAGAAGGAAAUAGAAGAUUUCAGAGUAAGGAUUAUGCUGGUGCUCUUGAAAACUAUGAGAAUGCUCUUCGAUUGACACCGAAAACUCAUCCUGAUAGGGCUGUUUUUCAUAGCAAUAGGGCUGCUUGUUUGAUGCAAAUGAAACCUAUUGAUUAUGAAUCUGUUAUUUCUGAGUGUACUUUGGCUCUUCAGGUUCAGCCUCAAUUUGUUCGGGCUCUUCUUCGCAGGGCUCGAGCGUUUGAGGCUGUUGGUAAGUAUGAAUUGGCUGUGCAAGAUGUGCAGUUGUUGUUGGCUUCUGAUCCUAAUCAUAAGGAUGCUUUGGAUAUUGCUCAGAGGUUGAGGGCUGCUUUUGGACAUCGUCAGGAAGCUCAGCAGGAUCUACACAGUCGACCUUCUCCUGCUGCACUUGGCGCUUCUGCUGUCCGUGGUGCUCCUAUUGCUGGGUUAGGUCCGUGUUUGCCAGCACGGCCUGCGUCAAAGAAGGGAGCAAAUUCUGCUGUUGGGUCGGUUGUUUCUCCUAAUAGCAAGUUGGACAAGUCACAAAAUGUUUUACUGCCAAAUGAAAAUGGUCCUGAGAACAAGACCCAGUUGCCAAAAGUUGUAUCGAAGCCUUUUAACAACGGUUCUGCAGUGCAACCUAACUCGAAAAAUGAGAACCAGAAGGAUGUUUACAGGAAGGUUUCGGAGGUUGCAAUUCGGUGUAGACCAUUGAAACUUGUUUAUGAUCAUGACAUUAGGCUUGCCCAGAUGCCGGUGAACUGCAGUUUCAGAGUACUGAGAGAUGUAGUAAGCAAAAGAUUUCCUUCAUCCAAUUCAGUUCUCAUCAAGUACAAGGAUGGUGAUGGUGAUUUGGUUACUAUAACAUCUACUGAUGAACUCAGAUUGGCAGAGUCUUUUGUUGAUAGCCAUCUGGUGAAGGAACCCGAAUCAGAUAAAAGUGAUUCAAUUUCGGUGCUGAGACUACAUAUUGUUGAAGUUAGUCCGGAGCAGGAGCCACCUUUGGAAGAAGAGGAAGAGAAACUUGUUGAGAAUGAAGGGACCAAGGGAGAUGAGACUGGAUCUCAUUCUUCCCUUGGUGAUUCGGUCCCUGAAGUCACAGAAGUUACUGAUGUUACAGAAGUUACUGAAGUUCCUGACACUGAUGUUGAUAAGACAAUAAAUACUGAAGUUCCUGAUACUGAUGUUGAUAAGACAAUAAAGAAGGAUGCUUCAAAGGAAAAGACGGGUGCCACAGGAGAAAAUGAAUGCAAAGAAGUGGAGAUGGAUGAUUGGUUGUUUGAAUUUGCUCAGCUUUUCCGCUCACAUGUUGGUAUUGACCCAGAUGCUCAUAUUGACUUGCAUGAGCUUGGGAUGGAGCUUUGUUCAGAGGCACUUGAAGAAACAGUAACAAGUGAGGAGGCUCAGGAUCUAUUUGACAAGGCUGCUUCAAAAUUCCAGGAGGUGGCAGCUUUGGCAUUCUUCAACUGGGGUAAUGUUCACAUGUGUGCUGCUAGGAAGCGGAUUCCUCUAGACGAGUCAGCUGGGAAAGAUGUAGUGGCCGAACAGCUUCAAGUGGCUUAUGACUGGGUCAAAGAAAAGUAUUCUUUGGCAAAAGAGAAAUAUGAGGAAGCACUCGUGAUCAAACCAGAUUUCUAUGAGGGACUUUUGGCUCUGGGCCAGCAACAAUUUGAAAUGGCCAAGCUCCAUUGGUCUUUUGCAAUUGCUAAGAAGAUAGAUCUUACAAGCUGGGAUCCAACGGAAACUCUUCAACUGUUUAACAGUGCGGAGGAGAAGAUGAAAUCUGCAACAAAUAUGUGGGAGAAGUUGGAGGAACAGAGAGCAAAGGAGCUAAAGGACCCAAAUGCAACCAAGAAAGAAGAAGUAUUGAGAAGAAGAAAGAAACAGGGAAGUGCUGCUGAAGGCGAGUCUUCUAGUGCUGGCGGCCAAGGUGAGAUAUCUGCCGAAGAAGCUGCUGAACAAGCAGUGGUCAUGAGAUCACAGAUUCAUCUCUUCUGGGGCAAUAUGCUUUUCGAAAAAUCCCAAGUUGAAUGCAAAUUAGGAAUGGAUGGUUGGAAGAAAAAUCUAGAUGCUGCAACAGAGCGCUUUAAGCUUGCAGGAGCUUCUGAGACAGAUAUUUCGAUGGUUCUUAAGAAUCAUUGCUCAAAUGGAGAUGCAAAAGGUGAUGAUAAAAAAGUCCAGAGCCCACAACCCAACAAGACUGAUGAACUAGAGAUCAAUAAGGCCAAUCAAGUAUGAGAUAAAUUAUGUGUGGCUGUGAAAUCUCAUUUGUUUCUUUUCAGUUGUGUCCUCAAUGAACACUCUGGACAAGGAAUAUCCUUGGCAUCAAGAGCUCAAAAGGAAUGUCUGAUUUUUUUUGGAAAUGGAAAUUGAAAACUCAGGGUACUUUAUUUAACUAGAUAGCUCUGCCCUUUUUUUCUUUUCUUUUUUCUCUGAAGCUCUUGGUGAUCUGAUGAAGGGAGAUUUUUUUUAACAUUAUUUACAGUUAUGAAUUUCUGAUGAUCAAUUUCAGUUGCUCAACCAUUUUUGUCCCCUACUUUGUUCUUUGUACUGUUGCAAUUCAUUGAGGACUGUAUACUUGUUCGACUCUUGUCAUUUGCUUUGUUGGUCCUUACCAAUAUGCUGCAUCUAUUGUUGUUGUUUUUAUUUAUUACUAAGUUAUAACUUACGUUUUCAAUGGUUAA